ACUUAGCAAAAGCAGAGCUGUCAGUACUGUACACACACACACACACACACACACACACACACACACAGGUAAUUAGCGGCGUUUAGAGCUCAGUCCCGCCUCUCUAAUACACACACUUACUCACACUCACAUUCACUGCUGCUCCGGUUACUGUACACCCGCUCUGCGCUGCGUAGCAACAACAGCCCGGAUGUAGAGAGCGGCGUCCCCGCAUCAGGACCGGAGCCGAGGGAAGCGGGAACAUGGCGCUGGUUUUAACGUAACAGUAAACCUCAUCCUCCCUGAGAAUUAGAGCAACACGAGACAUGUGAGGAGCGUCCAAGGGUGCAGGUUUAUCCAGCUUUUCCAACAUGUUUGGAAAGAAGAAAAAGAGGCUGGAGAUCUCGGCUCCCUCGAACUUUGAGCAUCGUGUACAUACAGGGUUCGACCCCCGCGAGCAGAAGUUCACUGGGCUGCCUCAGCAAUGGCAAAGCCUCUUGGCAGAUACGGCCAACCGGCCCAAACCCAUGGUGGACCCGUCUUACAUCACGCCCAUUCAGCUGGCACCGAUGAAGACAUCUCCCAAGAAAGUCCGGUCAUCUGAAUCUCCGUUGCGAAAAACAAUUGUACGAGGGAGCAAGCCACCCAAGGACACUUCCAUCAAUGGACUCCUUGAAGAGUUUGACAACAUUUCUGUGACCCGCUCCAAUUCUCUGCGCAAAGAGAGCCCACCGGGAUCCCACCAGGCUGGAUCUGUCAAGCAGCUGUCCAUAGCCUCAGCUAACGCCAGUAGCAGCGGCCCAGAGGAAAACGGCUUUAACCACUACUUUGCCCGCUACUCCUGCGACCUGGACAGCAGCAGAGAAUUUCCACUGGAGCGGGACAAAGGUGCCUACGAUGCAGAAUGGGCGGUGGGGAGGCACUACCGCUUCUCAUUAAAGCAGAAUGGCCACCCUAUCCGCAGCCAUUUCUACCCAGAUGCAAUGCCUCAGAAGUCCUCAGACUUUGCCAAGGUGCCGCCAGACUACCAUGCCUACUUGGAAAGCAAGGUCCGUCUUUCCUCUGCCGAGAUGGUCACAGGUGGCAGCAGGGCUUACUACAGGGCGUCCUUGGGAGGAUCUAGUCAGGAUUACCGGGAACACCCACUGGGAACACCAUCAAGGGCCUCUCUUCAAAGUGAGCAGAUCAGCUAUCCAGAUGGUGACUGGGGCAGAGGAGUUUAUACUGCAGCACUUAGGGACGAAUACGAAAAAAGGCCCAAGUCAUCAUAUAUCUCUCAGACGAGCCCCCAGCCAGCCAUCCGCCAACGCUCCAGAUCAGGUUCUGGCCUCCAGGAGCCCAGUCUGCCCUAUGGCAUCGGUGCCUUCAGGGUUGCACCACAGGGCCCCUACAGCUCCUACACCUAUCCACGGCUUUCAGAAAACACGUCUGCGUUGCAGAUGAUUGGCAAGGGUGACUAUGACAGGAUGUCACGGGACGGAAGCCCACAGGUGCCAGGGGCAGAGACGUACCCACGUGGCCCUUUUAAACUACCUCAGAGUCAUGCCAAGAUGGGCUUUCCACCAAACUUUCAGUACCCACCUGCCUUUCACUACAAGCCAUCACCAUACCACCACCCUCCAUCUCAGCCAAGUCCACCAUACACCCCUCAGGGGGCGCACUCACAGCCCUCCUCACCUUAUAUUCCCCCCGGGUACUGGGGCUCAGCCUGCGAACCUCCACCGCCCUCACGUGUCUCGCAUGAGCAGUUCAGGGGUGCAUUACAGCUUGUGGUGAACCCGGGUGACCCACGUGAAUACCUGGACAACUUUCUAAAGAUCGGCGAGGGCUCCACAGGUAUCGUGUGCAUCGCCACGGAAAAGCACAGUGGCAAACAGGUAGCCGUCAAAAAAAUGGACCUUAGAAAACAACAGCGACGAGAGCUGCUCUUCAAUGAGGUGGUAAUUAUGAGAGACUACCAUCAUGACAACGUGGUGGACAUGUAUAACAGCUAUCUGGUUGGAGAUGAGCUCUGGGUGGUGAUGGAGUUCCUAGAAGGUGGUGCUUUAACAGACAUUGUCACACAUACAAGAAUGAAUGUGGAGCAGAUUGCCACAGUGUGUCUGUCAGUGUUAAAAGCCCUCUCAUACCUCCACACACAAGGCGUGAUCCACAGAGACAUUAAGAGUGAUUCCAUCCUCCUCACUAGUGAUGGCAGGAUAAAGCUCUCUGACUUUGGCUUUUGUGCACAAGUCUCAAAAGAUGUUCCAAAGAGAAAGUCAUUGGUUGGCACACCAUACUGGAUGGCACCCGAGGUCAUCUCAAGGUUGCCUUAUGGCACAGAGGUUGAUAUUUGGUCUUUAGGAAUCAUGGUGAUUGAGAUGGUGGAUGGAGAACCACCAUACUUUAAUGAGCCUCCACUGCAGGCCAUGAGGAGAAUUCGAGACAACCUACCCCCUCGGCUAAAAGAAUCACACAAGGUAUCAUCAGUGCUUAGAACAUUUUUGGAUAUGAUGCUGGUGAGGGAACCAUCACAGCGAGCCACAGCACAAGAGCUCCUGCAGCACCCAUUCCUCAAACUCUCAGGCCCUCCCUCCUGUAUUGUUCCUUUAAUGAGGCACUACCGCCAUCGCUGACCAACACAUUAUGCAGUACAUUACUACUGUACUGCACUACUGACCUAAAUAAUGUGGAUAAACCACAUGGUAGUUUAGAUAAACAUAAAUGCAUCUACUAAUACACAAUAAAUACAUUAAAAACACCACAAUAUGGUGAAUAUAAUACGGCUCCUAGUAGCACGGCUGGCUCCAGUGGUGGGUGUUUGACUCUUUGUUAGUUAGCUAGUAAAAAGUCUGUGGGAAUCACAUGUCCAGUGCAGUUGAUUUCUGACUUCCUGUCCAGAGUCAUACUGUAGUAUGAUCUAGAGUUCAGUCUCUGAGGAACUGACAAGCAACAGGAGAUCGAUAACCACUAGCUACAACACAAAAGCACUGAUGGUGGUUUAUUCAGGAAGACAGGAGAUAACAUGUGAUGGUAAAAUUCCUUUAAAGGACACAAGGCUGGUACACUACUGAGGAACAAGCAUCUGUUUUCAUGUUUCUUUUCACACUAACAAUGAAAGUGUAUUUUAGAGGACUUGUAAGUUUUUUUUUUCUGUACAGUUUUUAUAAUCUGCAGUAUUUUGUUGUGAUGUAACCAUUGUGAUAUGGGCAGUAUUAAAUAGACUUACAGAGAUCUUUCCUACUGUUUAUAAUCAAUUUUUGACUUAAAAAUGAAGAUAUCCUCACUAAACAAGCUUAGCUGUUAAAGAAACCCAAAUCUAUUUAUUUAUCCUACAUUUAUAGACAGAACUUCCAGUGUGUGUGGAGAGAGAUCUUGCCAGAAUUUUGUAUGCUGUUUAAAAGUAUUAUUUAUUUUUAACUGAAGCCUAAUUUUUCAGUAGUGUGGCCUUUUUCAUUUUGUUCUCAUUUGGAAUACCUAUAAAGGACAAUGUUAGCUAUAUACUGCAAGCAGGCUGUACCAGACAAGCAAUAAUCCAACCUGCAUUUAUUGUUCUAUCUACUGCUCGUCAUUGGUGAUCACUGAUGAUUUUUUCUGUAAUAAUAUCUUUUAUUAAUAUACUGAAACAUAGCUACUGCCUUUAAAAAUCGCAUUCAUACCUAGUGAGAACACCAAUUUGAAAACCGAGCAAUAUUGACAUUUGAAACACUCAUUUCAGCACUGAACUUUUAGGUGUCACCUGCUGUCUGUGACGCAGCCUCCAGUCCUGUUUCUCUCCCAUUAGUCACUGUGAUCUGUAAAUAUAAAUAGUUUGUUUCUUGCAAAACCUAAAGAACGAUUGGGCUUAAAUGAAUCUACCUGUUAGAUCUAACCGUAGUUUCACUUUGUACAGUGAUCUUGCAUGUGUAUCAUCAGUACAGCUGGUUUUAAUAAAAAAAGGGGAAACCAA